AUGGGGGCGUGCGGGGCCUGCACGCCGCGAACGCCGACCAUGGCGAGCGUACACUGGAUGAUAUCCUUCAAGUGGCGCGCGCACGGCGCGGGCCGUCCGUCCAGGGCAGCGCAACUGCCACCGAGGCGCAGCAGGUUCCAUCGCUGCCCGCAAACCUGCGCAGCGAGCCGCCGACGCUCCCUGUCGGCCGCGGCGAGCCCUCAGAGAAUCGACGCGAGCGCCUCGAGCGACGGCGAGAUCGAGCCGGUCACGCUGUUCGACGCAGAGACGUCAUCAGAGAUUGCCACCUCCUGGCAGAAGCUGAUGCGCUGGUCCCGCGUGAAGACGCAGCAGGACCGCAACACCGUCCUCGAGGCGACGACGAAGAUCGCCGUGCUCGGGGGGGGGUCCUUUGGCACGGCGAUGGCGGCGAUGCUGGCUAAGAAGAAGGCCGCGCUCGAGGUCGCGGUCCUGGUGCGCGACGACGCGUCCUGCGAGGACAUCAACGAGCGGCACGCGAACUCCAAGUACUUCCCGGGCUUCGAGCUGCCGCGCAACGUGCGCGCGACGACGCACGCGGAGGACGCGAUCGGCGGGGCGCAGUUCGUGGUCCACGCGGUCCCCGUGCAGCACACGCGCGUGUUUCUCGAGAAGCUCCGCGACGUGAUCCCCCCGGACGUGCCGCUCAUCGUCCUGUCGAAGGGCCUGGAGGUGGCUACGGGCCUGACGCUCGCUGACGUGGUCCCGCAAGCGCUCGGGCGCGACCAGCCGGCGUGCUUUCUCUCCGGGCCGUCGUUCGCGCGAGAGAUCCUCGAGGGCCGCCCCACCGCGGUCAGCGUAGCCUCGAAGGACCAGGCGCUGGUGACGCGGGUGCGCCGCCUGCUGUCAGGCCCGGUCUUCCGCAUGUCCUACACGAACGACGUCGUGGGCAUCGAGAUCGCCGGCGCGCUCAAGAACGUCCUCGCGAUCGCCGCGGGCAUCUGCGACGGCCUCGAGGUCGGGCGCAACGCCACCGCGGCCAUCGUCGCCCAAGGGACCUGCGAGAUUCGCUGGCUCGCUGUGCGCAUGGGUGCGGCGCCGGAGACCAUGAGCGGCCUCUCGGGGCUCGGCGACAUCAUGCUCACGUGCUACGGAUCGCUGUCGCGCAACCGCACGGUCGGGGAGCGGCUCGGCCGGGGCGAAACGUUACAAGAGAUUGUUGAGUCCAGCAGCCAGGUCGCCGAGGGGGUGGCGACGGCCGCGGCGGUCGUCUCGCUGGCGCGCAAGUACAAGGUCCAGCUGCCGGUGCUCACGGCGGUCGCGAGCAUCCUCAACGGGGACCUGAAGCCGUCGGAAGCGCUCGAGCUGCUCAUGGUGCUGCCGGCGCAGCCCGACGCGUGA